ACGCGUACAACAACACUAGUACCUUUGAAUGCCUCUCUCUAUAUAUAUAUUAACAUCGUUCAACAAACACUGAAAUCUGGGUCGAAAUUAAUGUGAUUUUUGUAGCUGUGUGUAGGCUGUCGAUACGUUGUAUAUUGGGGCGUCGGCUUCACAUCGCUGUGUCAGAGAAGUGUAAUUGUGUGAUAUUACAAUAUAAAUCGAUUUGUAUAAUUCAUAAUCAGUUUUACAUCCGACAACAUGGGUCUCAGUGAUGCAGCUUUGGCGAUUAAAUUAGCUCUAAUUUUUAUAAUCGUCGGAUUUCUCCUUCAUAUAAUUGGAUUUGGAGCACCUUACUGGUCAGAUAAUAUAGCAUUUAACAGAGGAUUAUGGCAGUCAUGUAGCAAAAUUACAGAUUCUUGUAGCUCUGUAAACACGGAUGUCAAUUUUGGAUUUGGAGACUAUUUAACGGCCACGAAGACCUUCGAAUGUUUCGGAUUAAUUGGAUCUAUUGCCUGUUUAGUACUCAUUGGAAUAUUUAUCUGCGUAGGGAGAUGUUCCGGAAGUAAAUGCAUUGCCGUUUUCAAUGUCAUCGCAUUAUUAGGGACUGGUGCUUGCAUUCUGAUUGCCAUCAUAAUUUUUGCUUCCGAGUCUAACAACUUAGCCUGGGCAUUUGGUCUGGCCACUACUGGAGGUGUUUGUUUCGCUCUUGCCGGAAUAUUCAUGAUCGUGUCUAUGUGCCAGUAAGCACGUGACUAAGUAUGGAAGACAGACAUUAUCAUGUUAAUGGUAUUCACGUGACAAAUUUAAUUUCUGAGGAUAAAAAAAUAGAAAUAGUUAUAGUUAUAAAUAUUACAAAUAAUGCUUACAAUCAAAACGCUCUUCAAAUAUUUGGCCUUUUCAGAAUCUAAAGCAUCAUGUGUAAUUUCAUUGUUCGUACCCUAUUUAAAGUGAAAAUAACGUCACGUCAUUGGUUGAAUUUCCAUAGUUUGUAACGUUUUAAACCAAUCAAAACGCUUUGGUGUACGCUUUUGAAAAUAUUUCCCAGGAAGCAUUUGUUUUUAAAAGAUGCCACUUUCCCACAUAAGAUGAAUGAUCGGUGCUUCACAAACUAUUGUUGAUUUGCAUAAUUCUAAUUUUUUCUCUCCAGAAAACUGUAUAUAUUUUGUAUGUAUAAAUGAUACAUACUUAUCAAUGCAUAUAUAGCUACAAGUUGUCAUGCCAUAUAACUGUAUACUAUUUUGAGAAUAUAUAAUACUAUUGAAUACUAUUUGCAGCAUUUGAGUGCAAUACUCAGUUCAUUACCUCAUUCAUGUGUAACACGUGCUUUAAUGUGUGUAUACUGUGUAUACACCAUGUACACUCAGCGUAUGUACAGGGUAACAGGUUGUAUUACUGACAUCACAUUAAUGGAACUACUGUUCUUUACUCUCUACUAUUUUAUCAAGUACGCAAAGGAACCAGAUUUCAAAUCUUCACAAUGCUCUUCUCUCCGUCAAAUAAGAGUCCACCCUAUUUGUCAUGUGUUUAUCACAAACUUGUUAUUUCCUAGACAUUCUGUAUGUUUAAAUAGAUCGUUUCAAACUGAAUUUUUUAAGAUUUAAAAGAAUAUUCAGGGGAAAUAUUAUUUAUUUCUGUUUUGAACUAAUUGAAAAUGAUAAUUAAACAAAAUGAUUUAUUAACUAGCAAUAGCCCUUGACGUCUCUCUAAUUUUUCAACCUCAUCUAAAUAUACAAAUGUAUGCAUUUUUGUUUUGUUCUACAUGAGUUAUACACUCAGGCGUGUUUGUGAACGUUCUCUUGUUAAAACUAGUUUUUAUAACUAAAAACAUUAUACUGCUCCUAAUGUACGAUUGAGAGCAUGUUGGAUGGAACGAACGAAAAAGAAAGGAAACCAGCUGAAAUGAUGUGUUUUUAUAUAGAAAAUGUAUAUUAAAAAGGGGGAUUGGCCCAAACGCCCUUGUUAUAUUUGCGAAUGUUGGUAUAUCGUUGUAUUUUUUAUUAUACUUUUUAGUGUGAAAUAUAGUGAACAAUAUUUUUUUAUUAUACAUAUAUAUAUGCAAUCGUGUUUUAUUAUUUUAUGUAGGCAUUUAUUAUAUAUGCAUAUUACUUUUUCUUACUUUAAAAUAAAGGCUGAUUAACCAAA